GUUAAUCACCACAGGGGCAAUCGGGACGAGAUGGCUACCCGGGACCGCUGGGUCUGGAUGGCAAGCCUGGACUUCCAGGCCCCAAAGGAGAAAAGGGUGCACCAGGAGACUUUGGCCCCUGGAUGGCCUUCCCCCGGCUCAGCCCCGGCUUUGUGAGCAGAGACCAUCGCGCAUACAGCCUCCGAGUCCUCAAGGGAGAGCAAGGGGAGGAUGGAGCUGCAGGGCCUCCAGGGCCCCCUGGACCUCCUGGGGCCCGGGGCCCUCCCGGUGACACUGGAAAAGACGGCCCCAGGGGCGCUCAGGGCCCAGCGGGUCCCAAGGGAGAGCCUGGACAGCACGGCGAGGUGGUCAGUAUCCCAGACCUGGCAGCCCCUUUCCCACGCAGGCCCGGUCUGGAGGAGGGCCCCAAGGGACCCCCAGGUCCCCAGGGUGAGCCUGGCACCCCCGGAGAGAAGGGGGAAGACGGGAUGCCCAGCCAGCCCGGGCUCCCUGGACCCCCGGGGCCCAAGGGUGAGCCGGGGAGUGCAGGACCUCAAGGACAGGAUGGCGUGGAUGGUGCCCCUGGACCAAAGGGGGAGCCCGGGCCUCGAGGCACCGAGGGAGCAGCAGGGCCCCGGGGUGCCCCAGGCCUCAAGGGGGAGCAGGGGGACACAGUGGUGAUCGACUACGACGGCAGGAUCCUGGACGCCUUGAAGGGUCCUCCCGGGCCGCAGGGAGCCCCAGGGCCACCAGGGAUACCCGGAGCCAAGGUGACAGCCUGGUGCUACAGCUGCCCCCAAAGCUCAGCAAAUACAGAACGCCUUGCUGGAAGUCUCCGAGGCACCAGGGAAGCUGCCCAGGGUCCCAAAGGACCGAAAGGAGACUCAGGAGAGCCGGGGCCAACAGGACCCAAGGGAGAAGCGGGCGAGAUGGGCUUACCCGGCCUUCCGGGCACCGACGGCCCGAAGGGAGAGAAGGGAGACUCAGCCCCUGAGAGUCUGCAGGAGAGCCUGGCCCAGAUCAUAGCAGAACCAGGGCCACCCGGCCCCCCCGGGCCUCCUGGCCCCAUGGGCCUCCAGGGCAUCCAGGGUCCCAAGGGCUUGGAUGGAGCAAAGGGAGAGAGGGGCGCGUCGGGUGAAAGAGGCCCGAGCGGCCUGCCCGGGCCAGCUGGCCCACCAGGCCUUAUCGGGUUGCCAGGAACCAAAGGAGAGAAGGGCAGACCCGGGGAGCCAGGCCUUGACGGCUUCCCAGGACCUCGGGGCGAGAAAGGUGACCGGAGCGAGCGUGGAGAGAAGGGAGAGCGAGGUGUCCCUGGCCGGAAAGGAGUGAAGGGCCAGAAGGGAGAGCCGGGGCCACCGGGCCUGGACCAGCCAUGUCCUGUGGAUCACGUCCGACGCAGAGGCCAGCAAGGGCUACCUGGCUCCCAGGGCCUGGCGAGGGGCAGCAGGCCCUGCCCUGCGGGACAAGAUGGGCUGCCUGUGCCUGGCUGCUGGCAUAAGUGAUCCCCGACCCUGCUCACUACCUGUACAGAUCCGUGUGGACACUUUUAGUUUUUGUAAAAAGGAAACAGUAAUAUAUUGACCUCUCAUGGAACGCACCACUCUGGCCUGUGACCCCGGCAAGGGCCAGCAGCCUAGCAUGACUGGUAGUGUAAGGUGGGCAGGAUGGUGUGCACUGUGGCUUCAGCGCCCUAGUAGGAAACGAUGGUGACAGUGCCCGCUUGUCUUGGGCUUUCGAUCACCUGAUCAGCAGAGACUUGGCUGGGCUGGCCACUGCCUCGUAAGAGCUGUCCCCAAAGCAGGGAGCGGGGAGCCCUGCGGUCAUGCUGGAUCCAGCCACACCUAAUUGGCUCGCAGCUGCUAUGCUGCUGCCCCAGCCCCUCUGGCCUCCAGACUCACCUACAGCUGGCUGCCCUGGACCCUGACACACCAGGGCAGGACUCAACUCUGUGGGCACUUGCUAAUGACCGGGGAGGAGUCUGCAGAAAGCUCCCCACAGUGGCCUGGCUCCCUCUGGAAGCUGUGAGAACUCAGGGGCCAGGCUCCAUGAUGGCUAGGACAAGGAGCCAGUUUUGGGAGCGCGGAGUCCCGGAGUGCAGGGAUGGACCAUCCAAGCUGCACUGGCUACCACUUCCUGUGUCACCACAUCACUUGGAGAUGGACAGGAAAGGGGACCGGUCGCCCCUGAGGAGAUGAUCCAGCUGGCCCAAAUCUCCCAGCCAGGACUUUGGUCAGCCUGGCAGCAGGGUGCCUGCCGGCCAGCUGCACAAAGCAGGGUGCAAGACUGGAGCCCGAAGGCCUGCACAGGGCUCCCAGCAGCCAGCCCUGUCCUAUCCUCUCCCCAUGUAGACGGGUUUGCUCAUGUAAUAAACAUCAGCGUGUGUCUGCA